AUGGAGAUUUUCCAAGAGGGCCUCUGGAAAGACACUUCGUUUAAGGAUCCAGAUUUACAGUCCCUUAGCUCCAGGCUCCAGACGACCAUUUUGUUAGCGAGGGCUCCUGGGACGGUAAACAUGUAUGACAGAGCCUUUAGGAAGUGGAAGGAAUUCGCCUUGCGCAAGCAGGAGCUGUCGUAUUUCCCUGCUAAUCCUAUGCACGUUGCUGUUUAUUUACAACAUGUUUUAGAAUCCACCAGAUCGAGUGCCUCUGUUGAUACUGCUUUUUAUAGUAUCAAGUGGGCUCACGAGUCAGCGGGUCUUGUAUCCCCAACGGAUAACCUUUUAGUUAACAGGGUGCGGGAUGCCGCCAAGAGAAUUUUAUGCACUAAAAGGGGUAAUAGAAAAGAACCUCUUUCCAUUGAAAUUCUCCAGGAUAUAAUCGAUGGUUCUGAUUUGUCCAAUACCCUUCAACUUAGAAAUGUAUGUCUUUAUGUGCUUUGUUAUGCAGAAUUUUUUAGGUCCGAGGAAGUCACAAGAAUAAGAAGAAAUCAUAUUAAGUUUCUUGAAGACCACAUGAUAAUUAAGGUUGAGAAGAGUAAAACUGAUCAGCUUAGGCAAGGAUAUGAACCUGUUAUCGCGAGUUCAGGGGGCAGCGCUUGUCCAGUUUCCAUUCUUCAACAGUAUUUGAGUAGGUUGAAUAUUGAUCCUCAUUCGGAUGAGUUAAUUUUCAGGCAGUUGGUCAAGACCAAGUCGUCCUAUAAGAUGUAA